CAUUAAACACGCUUUCUUCACACUUGUGUUACCUUUCAACCGUGAAUGCCCUUGUUGAGAUGUUAACACUUGUGAUUUUCUUACUAAGCUGCAACGGGCUGCUGACGGUGGUGACAGCUGCAGACGUUCAUCUGUAUGUCAGCCCCACAGGCUCUGACCUCAACAACGGUACAGAUGCAGCAACCCCCAUGAAAACGAUACAACAUGCGAUUGCAAGUCUCAAGGGAGCUCAGUACUCCACGGCCUACAUCGAGUUACUGAAAGGUCAUCACGAUCUUGCUGCAACGCUGCAGAUUAACGUCAGUAACGUCGUCAUACGUUCGUAUCAAAGGCAAGCCGUAUACGUGACGGGCGGUAAACCAAUCGAAAGCCGGUAUUUUAAGCACAUAACCGACCACGACGUUCUUGCAAAGUUGCCACCCAAUGCACGACAGCACGUCCGCGUGGUACAUUUGCCUGAUGUGGGUAUCACAAACUACGGAACAAUUCAAGAGUUCGGAUUUAACGCUCAAAACCCAGCGCAGAUAGAAGUGUUCUACAAUGGGAAAACCGCUACACGUUGCACAGUGGCCAAAUGAGGGUUUCAUCAACAUAAUUGAGGUUCCGGAUGGGAAGUCCGGCACCAGGUUUCGGUACAACUCGUCAGUACCGGCGGGAUGGGCCAAUGAGACGGACUUGUGGGUAUACGGCUAUUGGUACUGGAGUUGGGCGGACAGGUCGGUGAAGGUUACAAGUCUUAAUGCCUCGACGAACACCGUGAUUGUGGCAAAGAACCCACUGUACGGACUUAGGAUUGGUAAGAUAGCUUUGCACUUUUAAGUCUUUUUUUCACACAUUUAGCCUGUUUUG